UUUUGGCUGCACCAUGAUACUGAUUGCCCACCUCUCCUACGUUCUGCCUCUGUUGAUAGCAGGCCCAGGCUUCAGUGACUCCCUCCUCAGCAAGGAUGUAGGCCCCCAACCACUGGAGCUGAAGGAAGUCUUCAAGCUCUUCCAAAUCCAGUUCAACCGGAGCUACUCAAACCCAGAAGAGUACACUCGCCGUCUGGAUAUCUUUGCCCACAAUCUGGCCCAGGCUCAACGGCUGCAGGAGGAAGACUUGGGCACAGCAGAGUUUGGAGAGACUCCAUUCAGUGACCUCACAGAGGAGGAGUUUGGCCAGCUAUAUGGGCAUCAGAGGGCACAUGAAAGGAUCCCCAACAUGGCCAAAAAGGUUGGGUCUGAAAAGUGGGGGCAAUCUGUGCCCUUCACCUGUGACUGGCGUAAGGCAACAAAUAUCAUCUCAUCAAUCAAAAACCAGGGAAACUGCAGGUGCUGCUGGGCCAUAGCAGCAGCGGACAACAUUGAGGCCCUGUGGCGCGUCAAACACAAGCAGUUUGUGGAAGUCUCCGUGCAGGAGCUGCUGGACUGUGACCGCUGUGGAAAUGGCUGCCAGGGAGGCUUCGUGUGGGAUGCGUACAUCACAGUCCUCAACAACAGUGGCCUGUCCAGUGAAAAGGAUUACCCAUUCCAGGGGCACACAAACCCCCGCAGGUGCCUGGCUAAGAAGUACAAGAAAGUGGCUUGGAUUCAGGAUUUCACCAUGUUGGCACGUGACGAGCAGAAGAUUGCCCACUACCUGGCCACCCAUGGUCCUAUCACCGUGACCAUCAACAUGAAGCUGCUACAGCAUUACCAGAAGGGUGUGAUCAAGGCCACACCCAGCGCCUGUGACCCCCAACGCGUGGACCAUUCUGUCCUGCUGGUGGGUUUUGGCAUGGGCAAGGAAGAGGGGGCCAUCCACACAGGGCCAGUCUUGCCCCAGUCUCGCAAACCUCGCCGCCCUAUCCCAUACUGGAUCCUGAAGAACUCUUGGGGAGCCCAGUGGGGCGAGAAGGGCUACUUCAGGCUUCAUCGGGGAAACAACACCUGUGGGAUCACCAAGUACCCACUCACGGCUCUAGUGGGCCACUCAGUUAAGAAGCCACCAAUCUCUUGCCCGCCUUGAGGACAGCAGCCACCCCUCACAGCCUCUCCCACGGGGGCCACGGCCCUCCUCGUCAGCCCCACUCUGAGGUUCUGCCUGACU